AUGCCUCCUAAAGCUCUCCACGACAACGUCUCCCGACGCAAGAAUGCCUCUCCACUCGGCAGAGCCAUCUUCAUCGGCCUCCGCGCCCUAGAUGUCUACUGGCAAUACCGCCUCCUAACUCGAGGAUGGGCGACGCAAGCCGUCCAAAAGCUGGGAGGACAGUCAAUCCCACUGUCCCAGAUUCUUGCCCCUGCGACCCUCACCGGCCUGCAACCCUACUACAAUCUCAUCAGCCUCCUAUCCCUCGGCAGCAGCAUCAAGCAGAUCGCCACCAUGCUCAUUGUCUCGGAGCAAGAGACCCCCGUCUCCUCCGCCAUCAUUAUCGCCGCAUUUAACACCGUUUUCAACUCCCUCAACGCAAUCCUCUCCGUCUGGGCAGUCACCUCGCAGGCCCCUUCCGGAUCCCUAGUCACAACCCCCACAAUUGCCCUCGGAACAGUGUUCUACCUCAUCGGAAUCCUCACCGAAGCAAUCUCUGAAUUCCAGCGUACUGCGUUCAAGCGAGAUCCCGCGAAUAAGGGCAAACCCUACGGCGGAGGGCUGUUCUCACUCGCGACGAAUAUUAACUACGGUGGGUAUACGCUGUGGCGCGCUGCGUAUGCGCUUGUGACUGGGGGGUUCUCGCUGACUGCGGUUACGUUCUUGUUUUUCUUUUAUGACUUUGCGGCUCGUGGUGUUCCUGUGUUGGAUGAGUAUUUGGGGAGCAAGGUAGGUUUCUUUCUCGUGAUAAUGAAUGUUAAAUGUUUCUCAGAACCUAUUCCCUUUUUUUAUCUCAUAUCUCCUCCCCGGGCGCCAUCCUUUACAAACCCUCCAAACAAACCAUAUAAAACACCCUCCCAAUUCUCCAUAUCACCCACCUACAAACAUCCCAAUCCCUUUACAACAAAUUCAAAUCCACCAACCACCAAAAUGAAAGUCGGCAUCGCAGGAAUCACAGGCAAAUUCGCCCGCCGCCUGGUCACCCACCUCCUCGAGACCCCCGACUCCUCUCUCACCAUCAAAGGCUACUGCCGGGACCCCUCCAAGCUCCCUGCCACCCUACAGUCCUCGCCCAAAGUUGAGCUCAUCCAGGGCGAUGCCUUCGACACCGCCGCCGUCGCCACCUUCGUCCAGGACUGCGACGUCGUCGUGUGCUGCUACCUCGGCGACGACAAGCUCAUGAUCGACGGCCAGAAGCUGCUCAUCGACGCGUGCGAGUCCGCCGCCGUCCCGCGCUACGUGGCUAGCGACUGGGCGCUGGACUACACAAAGCUUAAGCUUGGGGAGCUGUUUCCUAAGGAUCCGAUGAUUCAUGUUAAGGCGUAUCUGGAUGCGAAGAAGGUGGAGGGCGUGCAUAUCCUGAUCGGAGGGUUUAUGGAGCCGGUGCUUAGUCCGUUCUUCAGCAUUGUGGACACGCAGGCGAAUGUGUUCCGGUACUGGGGCGAUGAGGAGCAGAUCAUGGAGGGGACGACGUAUGAUGGUGCGGCGAGGUAUACGGCGAAGGUGGUUUUGGAUGAGGAGGCGAAGGGGGUGUUGAAGUUUGUCGGAGGCCGCGCCACGCUCAAGGAGAUCGCCAAGUCCUAUGAGAAGGCCUACGGUGUCCCUGUGACGCUGGAGAAGCGCGGGUCCCUGGAUGAUCUGUACAAGACGAUGCAUGAUUUGCGCGCGAAGAGCCCGCAGAAUAUCUACAGCUACAUGCCUUUGUUCUUCUACUACUACUGGGUCAAUGGACAGACGUUUGUUGGGCCAGAGCUUGACAACGCUCGCUAUCCGGAUGUCAAGGCUGCUACUUGGGAGGAUUUCAUGGCUGCCUGGCCCCGCGAGCAGGUUGGGACGUCUUACUUUGCUUUGAAUGCGUAA